AUGUUGCAAGAACUUCUUUUCGUGAGUUUCCUGUACUUCGGAAGGGUUAACGGAAUUCAAAGAUGGGGCUCGCAAUUCGGUCAAGCUCCUCUGUUGGAAAGAUUUUUCUGGAGGUCAUUGGACUUUGCCUAUCCAGAUGAAACGAGCAGAACAGUGGCGAUGAUGAAAGGGGAAUUUGUCCCAGAGAAUGCCCUACCUGUUGGUAUAGAGAUUUGGAGAAAUAAGCUGUUCGUCACCGUACCAAGAUGGCGGAAUGGAAUUCCCGCUACUUUAAAUUAUAUAUCACUCGACACAAACCGAGGUGGUUCCCCGAAACUCACCCCUUAUCCUAAUUGGGCACAGAAUAAAGCUGGAGCCUGUGGUAGCGCCAUUACUACUGCUUAUAGAAUACACGCAGAUGUUUGCGACAGACUUUGGGUGUUGGAUACUGGUACAAUAGGUACUGGUAACACAACGGUACAAGCAUGUCCAUACACCCUGAAUGUUUUUGAUUUAACGACGGAUAAAAUUGUAAGGCAAUACAGAUUGAGAACUGAAGAUAUAAAUAUGAACACCUUCAUUGCCAACAUCGCUGUCGAUUUGGGAAAAGGUGGCUGCGACGACGCUUUCGCCUACAUGUCUGACGAAUUAGGCUACGGGCUGAUAGUAUACUCAUGGGAACAAAAUAAAUCCUGGCGACUCACACACAGCUAUUUCAUGCCUGAUCCAUUGGCCGGAGAUUAUAAUAUCGGUGGUCUGAAUUUCCAAUGGGGCGAGGAAGGGAUUUUUGGCAUGAGUUUGUCACCAAUCGCCUCGAACGGAUUUAGGACUCUGUUUUUCCAUCCUCUCAGCAGCAGAAGAGAAUUCGCGGUUUCGACGAAGAUUCUACGCGACGAAACUUUGUCGCAAAAUAGCUAUCACGAAUUUCAGGUUCUUCCGGAAAGAGGACAACUUGGACACUGCACUUCUGCCAUUAUGGAUGAAAAUGGGAUGCAAUUUUUCAAUUUAAUUGAUCAAAACGCAGUAGGUUGUUGGAACUCCGUCUUACCAUAUUCACCUGAAAAUCAUGCAGUGCUUGUCAGACAUGACGAAGCUAUGAUAUUCCCAGCAGAUGUUAAGGUGAAUCGUGGUAUGUUAUGGAUUAUAUCAGACAAAAUGCCAGUGUUCUUGCUGUCAACUCUGAACUAUACCGACGUGAACUUUAGAAUAUUAACAGUGUCAGUUCGAGAUGCGAUUGCAGGUACUGUUUGCGAUAGCUCGCCGUGGGGAUUCGCUGGAAAUUCCCUUUGGUGGGAAUCAUGA